AUGUCCGAGAUUGCUAAUUCAGAAACGGCCGAGAUUCAGGUCGAGGUCGUAGAGAAAAAUAUAACUACCGAAACAACUAAACCUACUGAAGUUACUGAGACUAUCGAAGUUACUGAAGAAGUUCUUGAAAUAGCGGAAGAAAAAAAGGUAGAGAGUGUUGAGGAAACAGUUAAAGAAAAUGGAACCAAAGAUAAAGAGCCUGAGUCUUCCAAGCCUCUUGACCCUAUUUCUGAAGGCUGGCUGCAUAAGCACACUCGCAGAUAUAUUUUUGGUAAAAAUCAUCAAUAUUUUGAAUUUGGUGAUGCUCCUAUUCCAAAAGAAAAUCUUAGUUUAUAUUACAAGAAAAAUGUGAAAGAUGUGCCUACAAAAAUUCCUCUCAUAAAACCAUCGACUGAGAAAAGCGAGAAAAAUGAUACUCCUGCACCUGAUGCUUCUGAGAACAAAGAUAAUGAAGACUAUAAAAAAAAACGAAUACCAUCAGGCAUUAUCAACUUAAAAGGAGUUACAUGUCAGGAGAUCAGUUCAAACUCAAACAAAUUUAAAAUAAUUACCGAAAAUGGCAAGGAAUAUGAGUUGGAAGCUUCCAACGAAGAAAUUAAGAAACGUUGGGUACAUACCAUUAAAAAUAAGGCUGAAGAAGUUGAAAAAGCUGAAAAUGGUAUCGACGCUAGUGAUGGAUACAAGGAUAUUUAUAAUCAACUCGUAACUAAACAGUUCAAUGUUUCUAAGGAUGGAGGUGUAACUUCAGAUUCUGAAUUACUUUCUGAUGGCGACGAGAGACAAAGUAAACAAGAUGUUGAAGUCUCUCCAGAUGAUGCUGCUACUAAAUCUCCAAAGUCUGCAAAAAGUAGCAUUUUUAAUAAUUUAUUUGGCAAGAAGGAAAAGGCACCAGAGACAAAGGAAGAAAGUGCAAAAGAUAAAGAAACAUCCCAAGAAAAUAGGGACAUUGGACCUAGUGAAACUCCAGCUGCUGUUGAUUCCACUACUGCCACCGAGGAAAAGGGUACACAAGCCACUGAAGAAACCAAAGAUGAACCCAAAGAUGAAAAGAAAAAGGGAAAUUUUGUAGAAACCUUUCUUAAAGCCCUAACUGCAAAGACUAAAGAUGAAAAAACUCCUACGUCAGAAGCAGAAACCGCUGAAAAAACUGAAUCUACUGAACCUGUCUCCGAAGAACCAACGAGUGGUGGUGAGCCAGCUAAGGAUGAGGAAACGACUGAAAAGCCCAAAGAUGAACCUACCUCAAAGAUCUCAAAUUUGGGUCGUAGAAUUACAAGUGUCUUUAAGAAAAGACCUGAAAAAGCACAGGAUGAUAACGACGAACAAAAAGAUGAUGAAACUUCAAAAGAUGCCGUAACGGAAGGCGAGGACAAGAAGAAGAAGAGGAUAAGUAUGCAAAAAAAACAAGGUUCACAAAGCGAAGAGAAACAGGACUCAGAAACUGUUCCAGACGAAUUCGAAAUUAUUCAAAAUGUGAAUAAAGAGUACCCCAAUGCUGCUAAACAAGGAAAAUUACAAAAAGAAUCUCAAAUUCUCAAACGUUACGAAGAACGAUACUUUGCGUUCCAUAAUGGAACAUUAUACUAUUUUAAAGAUAGUAAAACAAAGAAACAAUUUAGCAUAGACAAGUCAUGCAAAGUCAAAAGCCUUGCUGAUAAGAAAUUUGAACUUGAGACUCCAUCAAGAACCUACAAAUUUCAAGCUUCAAGCGAUGAUGAUCAAACUGAAUGGACUAAAGUAAUUCAAGAAUACAUUGAUAGUCUCCCCGAAUCAUCUGAUAAAAAGGAUGAAAAGGAUGAACUCCCUCAAGUCCCAAAUGACACAAAUACUGAAGGUAUACAGGCAGCGGUCGAUCAAGCUGCUGACGCCUCUAAAGAAAAUACUGGAUCUACGACUGAGAAUGAGGCGUCUAUUGCCGAAAAAACAGAAAUUCCUACAACUGAAACUGCUACAACUGCUACCUCUUAA